CUUCAUUCUUUUCCUUCUGCACCCGUCAUCGCCUCUGCCUCUGCCUCUUGUCUCGCCUUGACUGCCACCGUACUCAUCUUGUGGACACCUCUCUUCACUCCUGGAAUUGUUUGAAAAAGGUCAUGUUGAGCCCUAGCUGACAUUCUGCUGUCCUCCGCCCUGCAGUCCUCUCUCUUCCCUUCUACCAUGCCUGCGGUGCAACGCAACGGCCGAAUAACUGCAACUCAGGAAAAGCAACAAGAACGCACGCAGCCAGCUACCUCUAGCUCAAUGACUUCUACGCGGCACAGACCGUCGGCCUACCUCCUCCUCGUCUACCCCGUCGUCCUCGCUCUGGGAUCGCUUUUCGCCUUCCUCUCCCCAGUCGCCAGUCCUCCACCCGCCGAAUCACUCGCUCCAGGGAUCACCUCCGACCUAAACGUCCCGCACUUUCAUUCGACAAACUAUUUUGCCGGAAAGCGCAACAUAAUCAAUGUAUACUUUGUGAAGUUUGGCUGGUUUUGGACAACUCUGGCCUUCGUACUUCUUCAAAUCACCACUCGACCACCCCCAGCCAGUGCGCUCAAACAUUACGUACAAUCGACUUUACGCUAUGGCCUAGUUACCAUUUCAUGGUUUCUGACCACACAGUGGUGCUUUGGUCCCGCGCUUGUCGAUCGAAGUUUCACCAUCACCGGCGGUCACUGUGAGCCUCAAUUGAUAAACACCACCGGGCUGAAAGAAGCGAUGGACAUGACCACGAUCGCAUCGGGCCCCGCAUGUAAAGCUGCUGGCGGAGAAUGGCGCGGCGGACACGACAUCUCAGGCCAUGUAUUCAUGCUCGCUCUCUCCUCGGCCUUCCUUCUCUACGAAAUCUACAUCGCCGACCGGGAAUCUGCGCAUCCGUCCGUUUCGCCUCGAGCCGCCGCGGCGGUGGCCCACGAUAUGACCGAGGAAGAGCGCAAGGCAGUCGGGGGCUGGGAGUCGGAAUCCGUGGCGAUGGUGCGGAUAUGGUCGAGAUACUUUCUAUAUGCUGUGGUUGUGCUUGAUUUUUGGAUGCUCAUGAUGACGGCUAUUUGGUUUCAUACGUGGACGGAGAAGCUGAGCGGGCUCUUCAUCGCCGCUGGGACUUUAUGGGGCACGUACUUUGUGGGCGAUUUCAUACCGCAGUGGAGGGAGAUCGUGGGUGGCCUAUGACGAAAGAUGCCACGAAUGCACAUAGAUUCACGUCUGAAACGAAGGAAACGACCGGUGUCUAUCUCGAGAGAAAUGAGCGGGCACUCUGUUUCUGCUAUGCAAUUUGUGGGGUUGGAUUCGGGCGUAGCGCGUCGACGACGACAGAACGGUUCAACAACUUUGUUCGAGAAGCAUUCUUGUCUCGUCUGGACGUUGGCCGCAUUUCCCACAUUCGCAGCCUCGUCUUCGUAAUGGGAACAACUGCCUCUUCGCAAUAACACAGCUAGGCGAUCAACCGUGAUGUGAGGGCACCUUUGUAAACUAGCCAUGCACGCCGAGAACAUGCUCAGACAGCCCUGAAGCCUUUC